UAGUCACGCUCUCUUCUUCUAUUUUUUCCUUAGCGGAUUAUGUGGUCUUUAUAAUUCUCACUGGCGUGGCCCACCUUGUCAGCGCGUCUGGUGAUGAGUGGAUGACAAGCUCUGCGUCAUUCAUAACAAACUUCCACUUGGUCCCGCAUGGCUCCCAUUCAUUCACUCAUUCAGGCUUUCAGCUUCACUGUUCAAGUUUUAAAUAGUUUGGACUUAUUGCUCCUCGAAUCCUUCCAAAACACCACCCUCUAGACUUGCUUCAGCAGCUUUUUCAACACGCACAAGAGGAACAUGAAGUUUUUGAAGGGCUAACUUGAUUUCCAUUUAAUUUAUAAUAUCAGCCGCUGAAAUGGCAAAACCUUUAGAUCACAUUAAGAGACCCAUGAAUGCGUUCAUGGUUUGGUCCAGAGGGCAAAGAAAGAAGAUGGCCCGGGAGAACCCCAAGAUGCACAACUCUGAAAUCAGUAAGAGACUGGGCGCGGAGUGGAAGAUGCUCUCUGACUCUGAGAAGCGGCCGUACAUCGACGAGGCCAAGCGGCUGCGGGCUCAGCACAUGAAGGAGCAUCCGGACUACAAGUACAGACCCCGGCGCAAACCCAGAAGCCCUCUGAAGAGGGACGGUUUUGUUUUCCCGCUGCCGUCUUUGAUCGGGGACGCAGCGGAACACUUGACGGCGGUUCCCCUAGACUCUUUCCUUGUUUCCGGGGACAAAGCCAGAACUCUGGUCGCUCCCACUGCCUCCUCUUCUCCAUUCUCGCUCUGUGAGCCUGUCACGCAGUUCAGCACCGGAGCUGUCCAGCGGAUUGCGGAGAUGCCGCACGCUCUGGCUGCAGGUGCGCUGCCCUACGCGCACACAUUUGGAUACCAGAGCGGAGGGUUCGGGGGGCUGGCGUGCCCUGGACAGCACCCGCCUCCGUCCAGCCCAGGGUACGUGGUUCCCUGCAGCUGCAGCGCCUGGUCCGCAGCUUCUCUACACCCUCAGGUGGCGUACAUCCUCUUUCCAGGAGGGAUGAGCAAGGGCGCGAUAGACUCAUACGCUCCAUCAAACCCCCCCAGUGUGUGACAGACUGAAAACAAAGAAAUAACAGAGUUCUGCUAAAGGAAUAAUCGACAAGGUUGUAUGCAAAGGCACAGAAGAGAAUGGACGGGCAAAUAAUGAUGGGUCUAAUGUUUUAACAACUGCAAAUAACUCCACGCUUUUGCAGGAACAGGAAUCAAACCAACUGAAGGAAAUAUACUUUGAAAAUGCAAACCUAUUUUUUAUUACUUAUAAAUGCACCAAAAUAAUGUCAUCACUUUCAUCUGUUGCUUUAAAACAAACAAAAAAACACUUCUGAAGUAUUUUGUACAUUUGGAAAUUCU